AUGUCUACCGACAUCGACACCGACACCGCGGCCGCGGCGGCUUCAGGCUACAAGCAGCCGCCGAGCCAUAUUCUCGACGUGAUGCGCGCGCCUGCACUGCCUAUCCCGGUACCAAGCCCUGCGGGCGAUCGCCUCAUUCUGGUGUCGCAAGCAAAGUAUCCCUCCAUCUCGCAUAUCGCAACCCCGUACUUGCGUCUUGCUGGUGUGCGUGUGGAAACGGCCAAUUACAACCGGCGUAACACAGCAGGCGGUCACGGCAUUCGCACCUUUGCCUACAAAUUAGAGCUGGUCCAGGUAAAGGAUGGAAAAACUAUGACCAUUUCUCUACCGGAAGACGCACGCACGACGUCGCCUGUCUGGAGUGCCGAUGGACGCCACUUUGCCUUUGAAAACGUCACCGCCGACUCUGUGGAGCUUUGGGUCGGUGACGGGCAAACUGGUGUCGCUCGGCAGGUGCCAAACGUACGGCUGAACCCUUUACUCGAGGGUGAGCUGAACUGGAUGCCGGAUCAGAAGCAGCUUCUCGUCAAGCUCGUUCCUAAAGGCCGAGGACCGCCGCCAGCAGAACCAAGCGUUCCGUCGGGUCCCAUCAUUCAGGAGACUGAUGGCCAAAAAGGUCAGAGUAGCACCUAUGAGGCCCGUGAUACGCUCAAGAACAAGCAUGAUGAAGCCUUGUUUGAUUAUUACAUGGCUUCCCAGCUGGCCUUGGUUGACGUCGAUGCCCUCGCCGUCCAGUGUAUUGGUGGCGUCGAUCUCUACCUCGGUUCGAGAGCGUCACCUGACGGAAACUACAUAUUCACAUCUGCGCUUCGCAAGCCAUACACAUACAAUGCAACUUUUUGGAGAUUUCCUUGCGAUGCCAUCAUUUGGGAUAUCUCGGACCUCACAGACAUCAAGACCCAGACAGUCGCAUCACUGCCUCUGGCUGAGCGCGUUCCAAUUCGCGGCGUUCCUUGCGGCCCGCGCAACUUUUCAUGGCGCGCCAAUGCACCUUCAUCUCUAGUCUGGAUAGAGGCACUCGAUGAGGGUGACUGGAAGAAUGACGUGGAAAACCGUGACAAGGUCAUGCUCUUGGAGGCGCCAUUUGACAAGGAGCCACGCGAGCUUCUUCGCACCGAAUACCGCUUCAAUAGUCUCGCGUGGGGACAAGACCCGUCAUUCGCCAUUCUGAUAGAAUAUGAUAUCGAUAUCCAGUGGGAGCGUCGCUAUAUCGUCAAUGUCGAUGACCCUCAGCAGGAGCGCAAGCUCAUCAUGGACAUGUCUUACCACGAAAGGUACAACUACCCUGGCAACAUUGUGUACCACAAAGCACCAAACGGCUUCAAUGUCAUCUACCAAGCCAACAAUGCAUUCUUUUACAGAGAUGAAGGCUCAUCAAAAGAUGGAGAUCGGCCUUUCUUGGACCGCUUUGAUCUCACAAUUAUGAAGUCCAGCAGGCUGUUCCGCAGCAGCGGAUCAGCUUAUGAAUCUUUCCUCGCUUUCAGCGACCCCUCGGGAUCAACAUUCCUCACACUGCACGAGUCGCCCACUGAAACUCCCAAUGUCUUCCAGCACACACUUGGAGAAGAGAGAGACGCUCCAGAGGGCGAGGCCGUCUUUAGCACCAAGACUCGGGCUGUCACAAACAUCCCCAACCCGACUCCUCUUCUCUCACAGAUUCAGAAGCGCGUUGUAACAUAUCAACGCGACGACGGUGUUCAGUUGUCUUUCAAUCUCCACACGCCCCCAGGUUACCAGGAGGGCACGCGUGUACCAACCAUUCUCUACGCCUAUCCCCGCGACUUUGCCAGCGGCUCGCAGGCAGGUCAAGUCACCGGCUCCCAGGCUCGUUUUACACGACUUCGCAAGCACCAAUUCCUCUUGCUUGCCGGCUAUGCCAUCCUCGAGAAUGCGACAUUCCCAAUCGUUGGUGAUCCUAAGAAAGCCUACGAUACAUACUUGGAGCAGCUGGUCGCAAAUGCCAAGGCGGCGGUGGACAAGGCUGUCGAGAUGGGCGUCGCGGACCCGGAACGUGUUGGUGUCACUGGCCACAGUCACGGAGCUCUCAUGACGGCAAACUUGUUGGCCCAUUCGGGCCUCUUCAAAACCGGCGUUGCCACCAGCGGCGCGUACAACAAGACGCUGACGCCCUUUGGGUUCCAGAACGAGCGCCGAAGCGUGUGGGAGGCGCCCGAGCCUUACCGCAAGGCGUCGACGUUUUUCUUUGCGGACAAGCUGGAGCAUCCCAUCCUCAUCAUUCACGGCGCGGAUGACGCCAACCCUGGCACGGCACCGAUGCAGUCCUCCAACUUUUAUUCGGCCGUGCGCGGAAACGGAGGCACGGCUAAGCUGGUUCUUUUGCCUCACGAGCCGCAUCAUUACCAGGCUAGGGAAUCGCACGAGCAUGUCAUCCACGAAAUGCUGGCCUGGUUUGACAAGUAUUUGAAAUACCCGGCGGAAACACAGCCCGAAUCCAAAAUCUAG